UACAGUGGAGGCUCUGCACCCAGAGUGCCCUGCUUCAGGCUGGGGCAUCUGCUCACAGCUGACAGGAUGCUGCAAGCAGCUGCUCUCUGAGCAGAAACAGAAACCAGCGCUCCAGCCUCCUCUCCAGCACUUGCGCACAUCACAGGAAACGUGAACGGGUCGUGGCUCCGAGGCCCCAGCCAGCUCCCUCCUGUCACACACCUCACACUCAGCAAUAAGCUACACAGAAGUUUCUAGUACCAGAGGACAGCAGCACCUAGGAGAGAGACAGGGGCCUGCUGCCGGGGGGUUCUGAACAGCAUAAUCUAGCAGUUCGGAGAGCCUGCAGUGGUGGGCUCUGCACUGCACAGGGGAGCCACCAGCUGGGAGAGCCUGCAGUGGUGGGCUCUGCACUGCACAGGGGAGCCACCAGUUGGGAGAACCUGCAGUAGUGGGUUCAGAGGAGUCCUAGUGCCUCCCUGUGUGCAGGUGGAUUUUGCCCAGCACUGGAGUGACUCCUGCCCUAGGCAGCCUGCCGCAGCAGGAGGGGUGACACUGCAGACUCUGCACAGCAUCUGCCAAGCUCUGAGGAGCCCUGUAGCGUCUUCGUUGAGAUGAGAGUCAACUUUCUCUCCCUGCUGCAGAAGGUCAGAGCUGUUUGCUGAGGCCCCACUGGUGCCCGGAAGUGAUGGGAAGUUUGCCCAGCAGGAGCAAGCAGCUUGUCAUUCAGCCCAGCCCAGCUGCUGCCAUGCAGGCCACUGCUCCCGUGCAGACAGGUCUGAACAGCUACGUGGCAGUUGCCUUGUGCUCUUUCCCCGCAGGGAGGGAGGCAGAGACCGUCCUGCGACCAGGCGAGCAGCUGAAUGUCCUGUCUGAGGAUGGGGAAUGGUGGAACGUGGUGUCACUAGUCACCGGCAAGGAGUGUUCGGUCCCCAGCAGCCACGUAGCGAAGGUGUGGCACAGGUGGCUGUAUGAGGGCGUUAGCCGGGAGAAAGCCGAGGAGCUGCUGCUUCUGCCGUGCAACCACAGCGGUUCCUUCCUGAUCCGAGAGAGCCAGACCAGGCAAGGCUGCUACUCCUUGUCAGUCAGGCGGACCAACCACUCCUCCUGGGACUCCGUCAAACACUAUCGCAUCAACCGCCUGGAGAACGGCUGGCUCUACAUCGCCCCACGCCUCACCUUCCCCAGCCUGCAGGAGCUGGUGGACUAUUACUCCGAAAUCGGGGAUGGGUUGUGCUGCCUCCUCAAGGAGCCGUGCUUCAUCCAAGGAGCAGUUCGCGUCCCAGCCCAGAACCUGGCCCCGCCUGUGGUCGUCAAGAAAUCAUCUCUCAACUGGCAGGAGCUUGACAGCUCGGCCCUGUUUUCAGAGGCUCCAGCCCCAGAAGGGGAGUCCCCUGUCAGCCUGGGCCUGCGGGAAGCCAUCAGCUCCUACCUCUUUCUGACGGAAGAGCUGCCCCCGGAGAAGGGCGAGAAGGGCAGUCUAUGGAAGAGCGCCUGAGGGUGCCAUACCCAGAACAUGGUGUCAGGGACCGUGGUCUCAGCAAACCAAGCUGCUUCUCCAGCCCCUGGACUUUUACCCCCCACCCUCCACCCCCCAUAUAAAUUAUUAGUCUGAUGCAAAGUAAUUUAUUGCAGCAGCGCUGCUCUGAGCUGUCCCCCCCCAGCUGGCCUUGUCUCAUGUUUGAACCCAGCUGGUUGGGUGGGGUGGUCCGGGUGCUUUCGACCUGACUCAGGUCCAGCUGGGCCUGGAUCCACCGCUCGCUGCAAGGAACCCAGCGCCUGCUGCUCGGAGUCACUCUCUCACCUCCAGUGCUGGCAGCUUUGGCUGAGCUUACUCCCAGCACACAAGCAGCCUCUGAGGACGCCUUACCGGGCCCAGUGGCCAGAAGGAAAGGACUUGCUAGAAAGAGGAGUUUGGGGUGAAUUAUAAUGUACAGAGGCCCUGUUAUGUGCUGUGUGUAAGAGAGUUCGAUGCCAGUGCACGUGAUGCUCUGACUGACUGGCCUUGCCUAACACUGAAUACAACAGACAGAGACAGGGCAGAAUCAGCCUGCAGCCCUCAGUCCAGAUCUGCGUGCUCCAUACACAGCGCUGGCCAACUCCAGGCUCACGGCCCCUCCGAGCACCAGCCUGAGAGCUGGGGCCAUCGCCAACUGCAGGCUCCCAUGUCUGACGUCAGCCUGUCAUCAUGGGCCUGCAGCAGAGAAAGUCGAGUGCCUCUCCGCACAUGCUGCGAAGACAAACUCCCCUAAAGCCAGGCCAUGCAACCCUGUAAGACACUGGCCUGGCCCAAGCAGUUCAUAAAGGGGCCAUGAGCCUGAGGCCAGGAAAUGGCUUCCAACUACUGGGCUGUAGUUGUCAACUGAAAUAAAAUGCAAAUAUUGAAUAACUGAGCUGUGUCCUGUGGCAAUGGCACCAGCACGUCCCUCCCACCUGACAGGUCAUGGCCCUAGGACA